AUGGAUCCACUGCACCAUGCGAUCUGGGGACGCUCGCUGACCACGGGAGGCUCACGACAGGAUGAAGGAGGGGACAGGGUCGCAGCGUUUUAG